CGUAUGGGCUUUGGUGGUGCCGCCGGAGGUGUCCGUGCCGGUGAAGAAGCUGUCGCUGAGAGGAUGGAUGCUGGCGGUCGUCUGGGCUUUGGUGGUGCUGCAGUCGGUGUCCGUGCGGGUGAGGAAGCCGUCGCUGAGAGGAUGGAUGCUGGCGGUCGUCUGGGCUUUGGUGGUGCUGCCGGAGGUGUCCGUGCCGGUGAAGAAGCCGUUGCUGAGAGGAUGGAUGCUGGCGGUCGUCUGGGCUUUGGUGGUGCUGCGGUGGUGUCCGUGCCGGUGAAGAAGCCGUUGCUGAGAGGAUGGAUGCUGGCGGUCGUCUGGGCUUUGGUGGUGCUGCAGUGGUGUCCGUGCCGGUGA